AUGUGUCCUUCUUGUAACGGCGCCGAGACCAACGGCAAUAGCAAUGGCACUGCUGCUAACGCAACGAACGGCGACAGCCGUGAUUGCUUUACCUCCAUCAAGUCUGCUCACAAUCCCCAUCCGUCUCACAAGUCUUCGCCGUACGCUCCCGUAGGCGAUUUCCUCUCAAAUGUGAGCCGGUUCAAGAUCAUCGAGAGCACUCUACGUGAGGGUGAACAAUUUGCGAAUGCCUACUUCGAUCUUGAAGCCAAGAUCAAGAUUGCCAAGGCUCUCGACGAGUUCGGUGUAGACUACAUAGAAUUGACCAGCCCUGCUGCCUCGGAGCAAUCAAGAAGGGAUUGUGAGGCCAUUUGCAAGCUCGGGCUGAAAGCCAAGAUCCUCACCCACGUGCGAUGCCAUCUCGACGAUGCCAAGAUCGCUGUUGAAACUGGUGUUGACGGUCUCGACGUCGUUAUCGGAACCUCGAGUUAUCUGCGCGAACACAGCCAUGGCAAAGACAUGACAUACAUCAAGAACACGGCGCUAGAGGUCAUCGAGUUUGUGAAGAGCAAGGGCAAGGAGAUUCGUUUCAGCUCCGAGGACUCGUUCAGAUCAGAUCUUGUGGACCUCCUUUCCAUCUACAGCGCCGUGGACAAGGUCGGUGUCAAUCGUGUGGGUAUUGCCGACACUGUUGGCUGCGCAAGCCCACGCCAGGUGUACGAUUUGGUCAGGACCCUCCGUGGCGUGGUCUCAUGCGAUAUUGAGACUCAUUUCCACAACGACUCUGGCUGCGCUAUUGCAAAUGCUUUCUGUGCUCUCGAGGCUGGCGCCACGCACGUUGACACCUCAGUGUUGGGCAUUGGUGAGCGUAACGGCAUUACGCCUCUCGGCGGAUUGAUGGCUCGUAUGAUCGUUGCGGACCGCGACUACGUUCUCAGCAAGUACAACAUCAAGAAGCUCAAGGAGGUCGAAGAUCUCGUUGCCGAUCUUGUCGAGGUUAACAUACCUUUCAACAACUAUAUCACCGGUUUCUGUGCUUUUACCCACAAGGCAGGCAUUCAUGCCAAGGCCAUCCUCAACAACCCCUCCACAUACGAGAUCAUCAACCCCCAGGAUUUCGGCAUGUCCCGCUAUGUCCACUUCGCCAGCAGAAUUACUGGCUGGAAUGCUAUCAAGAGUCGUGCCGAACAGCUGGGGGUCAAGAUGUCUGACGCACAGUACAAGGAGUGUACAGCCAAGAUCAAGGCUAUUGCGGACGUGCGCAAGAUCGCUUUGGACGACACAGACUCGAUUAUCCGUACAUACCAUCACAACCUGCACAGUGAAGAAGAGAAGCCGCUUCUGCCAGGCUUGACAGAGGAGGAAGAGAAGAAGUUUGAGGAGGCUGAGAAGGAGCUGAAUGGCGUCAAGGAGAAGAGGGAUUUGGAUGUUGCUGCCGAUGCUGAGGCCGAAGUGCCUGAACACAAGAAGACGAGGACGACAACUGUCGCAUAGGCUUUUAGAGCUGGCCCAUGAUGACGCUAGAGUUCAUAUUUCCUUACACUUCCUGGGAUUUCUUUUUAAAAUCUGCUACAGACAUUCCGGUUCCGGUCACGGAAAAGUUUUUGCUUUGAUACCUGUCGCUGGACGAAGCCUGAUCGUUCGUCAUCAGUGCAGUGUACAUAGAAUUAAAUUCAUGAACAAUCAGCAU